CGCCUGUCCUGCAGGUGUCAGUGCAGGCGCCUGUAAUGUAAACACGGCGCAUCGGCUAAAUGACAGCAGCUAAUGUUACUGGAAACGACGUUUCUUAAGAGGAAAUGGGAAUGACUAAAAAAUGUCGCGCUGUAUUAUGUUAAUAUAGUCAACUGUUUGCUAUAAGAUUCUUGCUAUCCAGGAACAGUAUUAGCGCGCUUUCAUUUUGAGACCAAGCUAACCAGCUAGCUAGCUUAGCGUCUGAUUUUAAAGGUAUGAACUCUCUGGUUGGCUACGGAGUGUCCUCGGAGUCCGACAGCGAUGGGGAUGUAGAGGAUGUAAACAACGGUGGAGUUGGUUCUGUUAAGGAGAUGGGUGAUGAGGCAUCAGCUGUCAAAAGGACCCGCAACUUCUUGCUGGCGCCUGGUUCAGCUUCCAGUGAAUCAGAACCAGAGGAAGAGGACCCAGAGCCGUCUUCAUCACCACCACAUCCCCAAGCACCAGCAUCUUCUGGAGCCUGCCAACCUACCCUGCCUGCUCCUUCCCUGGGCUCCCUCACCUCCAAUAAACUACCUCCUCCAUCUCUGAAUACUUGUUCUGACAGCGGUGUGUUUGCCAACCCUUUCAAGGCUCAGGCAGAUCAGAAGCUCAGCGCCUUGCAGAAACACGUCCCCCUCACAGUGCAGGCCAAACCCUCCCAGAUAGGAGGCAAGAGGAUGUGUGUGUCAUACAGGAAAGAUGGACGGUGCAGGUUUGGGAUCAAAUGCAAGUUUGCUCAUGACAGUGACCUCCAGACCCCAGUCACCCCCACUGACUGUCAUCCACCUGUGAGUGAAGAAACACCAGUGUCAGAUCAAGUUGAGCUCCAUGCAGGUGGCUCAGGUGAGGAGACAAAAGAGGAAGAGUCAGGAUGGCAGCAAGGGAAGAAGAGGAGGGUUGGACUGAGUAACACUUUGAUUCCUCCUAAACGAGCUAUGAAGCAGUAUGCCAUGCAUAGGGACAGAGAGCGGCUUAACAUGUCCUGAUCGAUGUUAUAUGAGCUAUUACACUGUCAUAAAGCAAUAAUAGUGGGAUGAAAUAUGUUCUCUCAGCAUGUGUGUAUGUUGUAGAAAUUGUGUACUGUCCAUUGUAGGAUCAAUUAAUGAUGACUCAGGUAUAUAGUUACAUUACAUCUGGUAGUUGCUUUUAUCCAAAGCGACAUACGUUUUUAUUCCCCACAAACGUUGAGAGCAAUUUGUGGUUCUUGCUCAAGGACAUUUUGACAUGUGUACAGAAGGAGCUGGGGAUUUAACCACCAACCAUACUAUUAAUGGUUGACCCCUCUACCAACUAAAGCUGUCAGCAUACAGCUGUCCCAUUUGAAGAGAUCGUUUGUUUGCAUUUCCCCCCAAAAUUAUGUUCUCACUCUGUCAGUGAAUACACUUUGGAUAAAUGUUAAGACAUUUAUUUACAUCAUAUAAAUGAACAGUUCCUGUGUUUGCGCUACCACACAUCCUAAAUCACAAAUCAGAGAGGUGCAGAUUUAGUAUUGACAUACGUACCAAGGUUUCUACAUAGCCUUGCUUAUUAAUUACCUUACACUUCAAAGGUUAUUGACACAAUUUGAGUUUGUCUAAUUCAGUGACUUGCUGUUAUUUUAUGGGUUCAUAUGUGAUUUACAAUGUCCAAGGUCACCUUUUGGCUGCCUAUAAUAGAGGACUUUUGUGAGUAGUGCAUACAUUAUACGGGGUAUUAUUCCUUCUAAGUCUACCACCAGCCAAGCUUAACAAACAUCUGCACAGAUGUCAUUGAAACAAUUUAAUGACACUGCCAACAUCACUAAAAUAUGCAUAUUGUGUGAUAUUUUUUUUUUUAUUUUUUUUUUACAGGCCUGUGAAACAUCUUUUUUCCAGGUUUUGAAAUGUGUCUCAUUUAGAUUGUUUUCAGUUCUAUUUUCUUUUAACCUUGCCAAAUAAAGGCUUUACAGUAGAUCUGGACAACAAA